UACUACCAUCAGUUUUAGGAUGAACUUUGAUGAAGCAACAUCACAAGAAUAGAAACAUAUACAGUCAACAGAAAAUCUUCAGUGACACUUAUUUAAUUUAACUGUAAACAUGCAAGAUAAUUCUAAUAAUAAAUUAACCAAGGUUCGUAAGAAGAGUUAUAAUGAAAUAUCAGAUGCGAUUGAAAAAAGAUUUCAAAGUCUUAUAAAUGAAGGAAGUAAGGCCCCGGUGUUAACAGAUUCUUCGGACAUUGAUUUACCUUCUUAUUACGAUCCAGACAAAUUUUAUCUUGGACAACAAACAUUUUACAAUAACAUCUUUACAAUGAUGAUUUCUAAAUUUUCCGGAUUAAUAACAUUAAUAACAAUACCUAGCAUACUUAACAUUCUCGAUUUCACUAAACAUCAAAGUACACCUUGUAUGGCUUAUAAAAGAUACAUUUCAACGAUAUUGCAUAUGUGUGUUUGGUACAAAAAGGAUCCCUUGAAACAAAAAGAGUUUUUAGAAUCGUUAAAGAUAAUUAGAAAAAAACAUUGUAUAGCAUUUCGAAGGGCAUAUGAAGCUGGAAUACGCAAAGCUUCGCAAGCUGAUAUGGCUUAUGCACAAUUUGGGUUUAUCGGUUAUAUAUUAUUAGGUACCGAACAACUUCAUAUAUCUGCAACUGAUGAAGAAUUGCAAGGUUUUGUACACUUUUGGCGAGUAAUUUGUUAUGUCCUUGGAAUGGAAGAUAAAUAUAAUUUGUGCAUGGAAACGGUCGAAGAAACUCGUGCCCUUUGUUCUAAAGUUUUGGACGAAGUAUUUAUACCAAAUGUGAUUAAGUAUAAAUACAAUUACUAUAAAAAUGGAAAAAUACUGAUAGAUGGACUUUGGCCCUUUUAUCCAAUUCUCGAUCCACCAUCUUUUACCACUUUAACGUUAUAUGUUACAUCGUUGAUAACUACCAAUAACAAUCAUUCCAUUGAAAUAGAUUACGACUCUAUGCCAUUAUUCAGCAAAACGUUACUUAAUAUUCAAUUUUUCGUACUUAAUUAUUUAUUGCCAAUCAAAUAUUGGUGGUCAGUUAUCUUUCGUACAUUUUUUAAUUAUUCAAUGAUAGUUACUAUAUAUUUAACCGAACAUUUGCCGUUACUUGCUUAUUGGACUUAUGGUAUAAAACAUUCGACAAUUAAUAUAUUUCGACAUAAAGUAUCGGAAUAGAAUCUAUCUAAUGUUGCAA